UCCUUACAUUCCCAUUGUUAGCGUUGUAUGUGUGUCUGUGUGUGCAUGCUAAUCACCGGCACUGGUUCCGUGCGUGUGCGUCUACCGACGACCUUGGAUCUCCAACCCUACUCUUCGCCGAACAGGACACGUUCAGCCCGGACAUGUGUCGCAACCCUCCCCCAUUCACUGGUCGCUUGUCCAAAUACCAUGUUUAUGCAUGCCAUUAAACUCUCACCCUGUGAUUGGAGUAUCCCUUGAUUGGUCAACACCAUUAGCCUAAAUACUCGUAGCACUCAGGUGCGGUGACUUGCCUUGGAUUGUCCAGCGGAGACAACUCGUUCCCUAUCGUUCCCUAUUGUUUACUGACACGUUGUCAACUUGCAUACACCGGGAUACUGAACAAUUGAAUACCGUAGUAUUUGUGAUCCAACUUGUUUUGAUUUCGGGAUCUUUGGCUACGCGUUAUUCAACGUUCACGGUGGACGUUACAGUAUUCAAUUAUCGGCGGAAGUAUUCAAUUUGGUUCUCGCUUCGACGGAUUGCUUAAUUGGAUCCCUCGGUUGGUGGUACUCGUAUCCGGAAGUAUUUAAUUCUUCCAAAUUGGUUCCUCUUCGCAAUGCCAGUCACCCGCGCAUCCACCCGGACAAAGGACUUAUCCAAGUCAAGGCAAGUCACUCUUGAUGCUGUCUCUCACUCUGGCUCUCGGGUUAGCUAUAGUAAUUCAGUUAGCAGUACGCGCUCACGGCUCCUGCUUGCUGAGUUGAAAGAAAAGCAACUCAAGGAGGAGCUAGAACUAGAAACUAGGGAGCAGGAACUUAGCAAACAGCGUAGACUGUUGAAGGCUAGACAGGAGGUCGAAUUCGCCCAGCGUAGCGCCUUGCUGGAAGACGAACAAGGCGAUGUAGACCUGCCCGCACUCCCUAUUUGUUCGUCAAACAGAGUUGACGAGUUUGUCACGGCAUGUGCUGCGGUGGCUGCGAAUCAACCAUCCGCCGGUUGUUAUGACGAUUUGCCAAUUGACCCCCACACUGACACGUUGGGAAACGCUAUAGCGUCCGCUCUCGUCCCAAUUAUUGCGGAAGCUGGUCUCCCCAAAGUAGAGCUGGCUUAUUUCGAUGGGCACCCAGCUGACUACUGGAGGUUCGUCAAGCAUUUUGAGUUCUAUGUGGAGAGCAAGGUGGUAGAUGACGGAAGACGUCUGCUCUACCUUAUUCAUUACUGUAAGGGACGAGUUAGACUGACUAUUGGCAGCUACGUAAUGCUGCCGCCCGGUCAGGGUUAUGAAAGAGCUCGAUGUAUCCGUCGAGACCUCUUCGGGCAAGCACACUACAUUACUAGGGCAUCUAUAGAAGUCCUACUUCAAGGCGCGAAGUCCAUUCCCAACAACGCAUAUGCCAUGUCGGAAUUAGCCAUUAAGAUGGAGAACUGCCACAUCACAUUGAAACAAAGGAACUAUGAGGCAGAUGUAGACUCCUCCACCACCCUAGAAUAUAUAGUCCGUGCCCUACCGAAGCCCCUGCCGUACAAAUUUCUGAAGUUAUCCACAGAUCAGGCUCGCUGCUGGAAACCAGGUAUAUUAAAAAGGAGAUGGCUAAAAGAAUACAUAACAACAUUACAAUCUCGACAGAAGUGGCAGCUUCCGACCAAGUCUGUAGAAAAAGACGAAUUAGUGUUGGUGGCUUCCGAGAAACUACCAAGGGGUUGUUGGCCGCUGGGUCGAGUCGUGAGUUGUGAAGCCAGCAAUGACGGUUUAGUAAGGACGGUGUACAUUAGAACGAACUCAGGUAUAGUAAAAAGAGAUGUCAGAAAGGUGUGCCGCCUGGAGGGCGAUGAAUAGCAGCGCUUAAGUCUGGCUUGGAGUGCAGGGUGGUAGUCAUGGAAAACGGCUUUCACCCAAGCGCUUCGAUGCCCACAGACGCCCACGAACGGCGCUUGGUGGGAGUCAUGGAAAACGGCUCCUGCCAAGACGCUCUCGUGUGGUUGUGUUGCUUUCCCUUCUGUUUUUCUAAGGAGCGCUACUGUAGGCAGUUGUAGGACCGAGAGCCAGAGUGGAGUCGGGGACGUACGAGACGUCAAUCGCAGAAGAAUUUCGGAGGCAGUGUAACGCACUUAUUUACCCAUGAAAUUCUUCUACUCUUCGCUUCGUGGUCUAGUCUGCACAGCUUGGCCGGUCGUUGAUGGAUAUCGACCAGCGUUCACGUGUGCCUCCUUACUUUCCCAUUGUUAGCGUUGUAUGUGUGUCUGUGUGUGCAUGCUGAUCACCGGCACUGGUUCCGUGCGUGUGCGUCUACCGACGACCUUGGAUCUCCAACCCUACUCUUCGCCGAACAGGACACGUUCAGCCCGGACAUGUCUCGCAACCCUCCCCCAUUCACUGGUCGCUUGUCCAAAUACCAUGUUUAUGCAUGCCAUUAAACUCUCACCCUGUGAUUGGAGUAUCCCUUGAUUGGUCAACACCAUUAGCCUAAAUACUCGUAGCACUCAGGUGCGGUGACUUGCCUUGGAUUGUCCAGCGGAGACAACUCGUUCCCUAUCGUUCCCUAUUGUUUACUGACACGUUGUCAAUUUGCAUACACCGGGAUACUGAACAAUUGAAUACCGUAGUAUUUGUGAUCCAACUUGUUUUGAUUUCGGGAUCUUUGGCUACGCGUUAUUCAACGUUCACGGUGGACGUUACAG